ACAUAUAUUUAUAUAUAUUAUAUUUAUACAUAUAUAUUUAUAUAUUUUUAUGGGACUGAAGCAACGAAGAGAACAAAAAUAUUAAUGUAUACCCAUCGAAGUAACCGAGCAGCCGAAUAGACUGAGAUAAAAUGAACAAUGUAUUAUAAUACUUAUUUUAAGAAAGUAUCACAGUGGGCCAUGUAAUAAUCACUGGUAAGGAAUAUUAUUGGGAAAUAAAAAAUUUCGAGAGACACACAUAUAUUCAAAGAGCUAAUUCUCAAUUAAAGAAAAAAAGAGAGAGAGAAACCGUCUAUCGAUCUCGGAGGUAAGGGACCUGGAGCGAAGGGACGACGAAUUUGCCGGAGCUGGAAGGAAAAAAAAAUCGGAUUCGAAUUCGCGCGAAAUUCCACGAGGAGAGCGAAGUGGUGCUGCGGGAGGAGCGGGGGGUAUUUACCCGCUCGGAGUCGAUAAAUCGCCAUGUGGCCCGCGUACAUACGUAGCUUCCCGCCAUUAUCGCGUAGUGUGCUUCAUUCUUAACCGAGGAGCCGCCCGACACCCCUCUAUAGUGGCCACGAUGGACUCGCCCAUCGUCGAUUCAACCUCGUCCGAGGGGACGGCGAUUGUUUGUCGCGCGGCGCGUGAGAGACGCGGCUCGGUGCGUUCCGGGAAAAAUUGUCAGGAGACCCAUCUGGAUCGUAGGAUCCACGAGGCGGGAUAAAUAUCGCGAUACGCCAUCGAGGUGAGUGACUGUGUCCGCGCGCGCAGUGUUGUUUGGGUUCGGCCAUUUUCUCUGUGGGGAAGGUUAGGGAAACGUGCGUGUGCGAGAGACGAGUGUAUAUCGUGUAUAUACGUAGUGUCGGGGAAGCGUUGCGACGGUCGGCGCGUUUGACAGGUGACGCGGCGCCGAUCCAGCUGAUCGCGCGCGCGCCCCGUUUGACAGAUCGCGGCUUCUCGCGGGUGACCCGUAGUGGAUAGGAAGAGAGGCGGCGAGGGCGGCCCCGCGAAAAUUCCGCUCUUUGUCAGCCAUGUGCAUUGCGGCGCAUCGUUCAAAACGUCCUGGCAGCCCCGUGGCGCCCGGCCAAUAGGCGGCCGCGCGUCCCGGCCACGUGACCCGCCCCGGCCAAUCGGCGCCGCGGGAUUUGAAAUCUUGUGGUCUUUGUUCACGGGCCUGCUCGUGUCAGGCCAACGUUGCCUCAGUUCCGUCAAGGGGGACCCGUGUCGGUGUACGUUUAUACAUGGUCGCUGCGCCGAAAAUCCACUGCGGCUCGCUCGUAAAUAUAUGUGUGAAAGUGCUGGCGGUCGCGACCGGGCAGUGUGAUACGGGAGAUCUUCGGAGGCACGGUAUCGAUACACGUCGAGUGAAUGGAAUUGGAUACCGUAAAUGCGUACAGCAUCAUCGGGAUGGAGCAGGGAUUGUCCGGGGAUCCGUGGGACUGCCUGUUCGGCAGCGACAGCAUCUCCGACGCCUUCCAAGGCCGUCCGGAUAUGUUCCAUAUGGACAUCCGGCGUUGCGACAACACGGGCAGAAUCGGCUGGCACGGCCCGGGUCUUGGGUUCGACUUUGAGGAUGUCCUGGAGACCGAGGAGGACCCGGUCGGCUUCAACGACAAAAGCCGCAGCUCGAACAGCAACCUGGAGGAGCUGAAUCUGGACAGCGACAGCGAGCUGGCGUUGACGUUGGAUCCGAAUUUGAUAUUGCCUCGCAACAUGUGCAUGCCCAUCCGUAGCCCCGCGUCCAACAGCGAAGCUGCGAUGCUGGAGACGGCGAGCGUGGAAGAGAACGUUGUUGAGAACGAGGGGGAAGAGACGGAGAACGAAAGCGAGGUCGAGCGAACCGAAAACGACGAGGAGAACGAAAGCGAAGAGGAGGAAGAGGAGGAAGAGGAGAUCGAGGAAAACGAGCACAACGAAACGGAGUACGAGGAGACGGAGGAAGAGGAGACGGAGGAGGAGGAGGAGGAGGAGGAAGAGACGGAGGACGACGAGCAGCAGGAUGCGGCUCAACGACUGCUCGCACCCUCGAACGCGGAAACCCCGACGUCGAUAUCGUCGUCGUCAUCGUCCACCGGCGUCAGGACGACCGUGGCCUCCUCCUCGCCGACGAUACAGUUGACGAGGGUGCAGAUGCAGCACCCCAAGAUGGGGACCGUGUCCGGCACGAUGGACAUCAAGAUGUUGACCUCUAGCCCGGGCAGUCACAUACGCAAGCAGAUUUAUAAUAAUAAUGUGCACGAUGUUAGCCCGGCUGCGACGACGACGGUGAUGAUUCAAGCAGCGAAACGUGAAAAGGAUCUCACGGGGCGCGACAACCCCUAUCCUAAGCCCGCGUAUUCGUACUCGUGUCUCAUCGCGAUGGCGUUGAAAAACAGCCAAACGGGCCUGCUGCCGGUCUCCGAAAUCUACAAUUUCAUGUGCCGACACUUUCCCUACUUCAAGACCGCGCCAACGGGCUGGAAAAAUUCUGUGAGGCAUAACUUGUCGUUGAACAAGUGCUUCGAGAAGAUCGAGAAGCCCCCCGGCAACGGUAGCCAGCGCAAGGGCUGCCUCUGGGCGAUCCAUCCGUCGAAGGUAGCCAAGAUGGACGAGGAGGUGCGAAAGUGGUCGAGGAAGGAUCCCAUCGCGAUCAAGCGAGCCAUGGUGCAUCCCGAUCAUCUCGAGCUCCUCGAACGGGGCGAGAUGAAGUACGAGGGUGAGAGGCACGAGGAGAUCCUCUUCGAGGACGCCGAGAGCUACGCGGACUCCGAGACGGGCGGCUCCGCGGCCGACGAGAUCAUCAACGACGACGAGAACGUCACGUACGACGAGAGCAAGCACAUCGACAUCGUCGACGACGACAUCGUCGUCGGCCAGCUCUACGAGGGCCUCGAUCUCGGCGACGCCGCCGAGCUCCUCGACACCCGGCUGACCGACUUCCCCAGGGAGGAGCAGUCCUUCGUGUACGAGUACGUCUCAUGCGCAAAACGCCAGAAGACCGCUAGCCUCUCGAGUUCGCCGAUACAGAGCAAGUACGUCUAUCAGCAGGUCAGCGCGACGUCGCCGCGAAAGAAAUCGCACCUGGUUGCGCUUCGGCCUGGAACUGGCGCGAUCACCGGGUCCCUUCUCGAGGCCGACUGAGUCGUCCCUUGGGCUAUAACCCUCUCGUCCUGAUUACACGAGGCACCUUUUUUAUCGCCAGACUAUAUUGUAAAUAAUUGUGUAUGGUACUUUUUUAUAUCUAGAUUUUGUAAAUAAUCGAUUUUGUGUUUUGUAUGGAUAAUUUGUAUUUUUUUUUUUUUUUAUAUAUACAAUGCUCCUGUAAAUAACUGUAAUUUUAAAAUGUACAAAUUACGUGUAUAUAUGCAGUGUACAAAGGCUGUUUUUUUUUUUCCUUUUUUUACAAACGUGACACGGGACCAGUCGCGCGCGCGUAGAAAAGUUUCACACCCGAUGAGCGAUCAGUUGGCAUUCUACUCUAUUUGUACAUUUUAUAGACAUGCACGCGGGGAAAAUUCUAAACGGAGAAAUCUCAUUUUUCCAUUACACUACUAAAAACUUUCGGAUAUAUAUCAAGUUUCAUUGAGAAAAAAAUUAUCUUGAAUAAACAACAUCGGUGUUGGAAUUGGAAUAGAUUUUAUUGAUUCGGUAACGUUGUUGAAUUAAUAAAAUAAUUCCAUCGACGUUGAUUCAGCAUUAUUUUUCUCUCAGUGUGCCAUUUUGUAAUAAACGUUUUCCGAUCAUCGAUUUUCCAAUUUCUCUCGUUUUGCGAUUUUUGCAAGAUGAUAAAAGCGCACAGAGAUGACGCACGUCGGCUUUCUCGUACCGUCCGCGCGAAUAGAAGAUAAAUUAAUCGAGGAAUAAAUAUACGAAAAGGGAGUUCGCAACUCAACACUGCCAAGCAUGGUCAAAGAUAAAAUUAAAACGUUAGCGUUAAUGUGUAGACUACAGUAAAGAUACAUGACAUACGAUCUCAUAUCGAUUUUUCGACGAUAUAAUUCACGUAUAUAUUGCUAUCCCUCCCCUGUGAUUAUUGCGUAAAAUGUUUACAAAUCUUUUUUAAUUCUCUCCUCUACCGAAUUAUUGUAUCCAGCUCUUUCAGCAGAGGCAUUAUUUUUAUGCAUCAUCGACUGAUAUUACUAAUUAGCAAUAGAAAGUCCCCGAUCUAUUUUACAAUUUUAAUUAUAAAAUAAAUGUCGAAAUACAUAGUUGGCAAGAUUUUUCAAAUUUAUAAACAAAAAUGUCCGCCUACUAGAGUGAAUUUUUGAUAACAAAGUUCUUUUUCCACUCGGACCGAGAGAUUUUUGUCGAAAAAAAACGAGAAAAAACAAAUGUUGAAGAAGAAAGUGGCUACGCGAAAUUCCAUCUUCGACAUUUUAUCUAGUUACAACUCGAUGUACACCACGUGUACGUCGUAUUUAUAAAUAAUAGAUAAAUCGUUCGUUGCGUUCGAACGUUGAAUUUCAUUCCAGGCGAGCGAGACCAAGCUCUACAUAACGCUUACAGUGCAUUUAGCGAUAAACAAAAUAGGCGACACCGAAGGGAGGUCGAUAGCGAGUUAAGGUAGCGAGUUAAGUUAGCGUAGCGUAGUUUUUGUACCUGUUUGUAAUAUUUCUAUCAUAAGUAUAAUGAGUGUGUAACGUUCGUGUAGGACGCACGACAUUUAAAAAUGCGUACAGAUGAUGUAUAUGUGCAAUGACUGCAAUUUGUAAUAAAAUGCUGAUAAGCACACUUCCACGCGUGGAACACGAUCGCGAUCGCACCUCACGUCAUGUAUACUCUUCGUCGAUUAUAAAUCGAUUAUUUAUCAUUUUUAUUCGCGGCGUCGCUCAUGAGACAAUAUUAAUUCGAGUAAUCAUGUACUCUCCUCUUGAACGAUCGAUGUUAUUAUUGUUAGAUCGACUUGUCGAUCGUUCAAUAUUUUAUUCCGAUGUAACGCGACGUUAUUCAUUUUCUCCCGCCGAUCUAACUGCUUCGCUUGCGUAAUCCAGCGUGGAAAAAAAGAGAGGGGUGAGAGAGGAAGGAAGCGGUUGACGCGCAUCUGCGAACCGUACGUUUAUCGAUAUGCGAUCGCACGCGUGUCGUCCGAUUACAUACGAUCGGCGAUAGCGAGUUUACAUUGAAACAGGCCGGUUCACUUCGCAGAGAAAUAAAGAGCGUACGAGAGAGAGAGGGGGGGGGGAGGAGAGGGACUCUCCGCGCCAAUGAAACCGGUUUCUCGGUCGAGCCCCGAUCACAAAGAACCUCGCUCACGCGAGAUCGCCGCCCGGCCCUCGAUCGGGGCCGCGAUUCCCACUGAAACGAUUCCCCGCCGUCGACUUUACUUUGUAACAGCCGUCUUUGUAUCGCUGCGCCUCGCGUCGGUUUCUCUUUAUGCCGUCGUUCGGGAAUAACGAGAUGAAGUAUUUACGAGAUUGAAACACCUUCCACGCAAACGUUACUCAUUUCAUUAAU